GACUCCGGCUGUCCCUCUUUGUCCGGCAACGAGUAGGCCGUAAUUAACAUGGCCAAUUUCGCGUUUGGGGAUAAAUAUUAAAUCGUAAGUCUAUUUGACAUUGAUUGUUUGUCAUAUGCGGGUUGACAUCCAUGUCUUGAUGCAACAGUCAGGUGUAUAUGAAUGAGCUGUGUGAGCAACGUUUAAAGCCUUACCUUGCUUGCUGAUGGCUAAACGGCUAACGAUAGCUAGAACGCGAAUUCAAAUCACGUUUGAAUUAAAUUCAAACCCUUAGUGCGUCAUUUACAGUCGCAUUGCACGCUCGAAUCUAACGCGCUUUAAAAUGGGGAGAAGAGCUUGGUAUGCUUGUAUCUAAAUGUCAUUUAGACAGCCAUCCAGGUAGAAACACAUCUGUAUGUGAUCACAUUGCAGGCAGGCAGAUGUGUAUUCACAUUCAGUCCAUCCCAAUCACUUCUCUUCACGACUGUUUUUUUUAAUUAACAUUUUCAGACAUAUCUGCGAUGCUCUACCAGAUCGCAUUGUUAUUUGAGGGUGCACACAUGUAACUGUUAAACGUUCAGAGAUGACAAAUCCGACUCAAAACAUGAAUGCAUCUUUCAGACAUGUUGCUGAGUAGGUGCCUGACCUCAUUGGCCCGUCGGUACACUUAAAAUUAAGCAAUUCACGCGCAAUUCCUGGGGCUGCGGGGUGAUACUCGUUGGACCCGAGGAGCUUUUCGUCAAAUAAACUAAUUUCUGUAAAUGAACGGUGUCAUGGCACCGCACCAACAGUCAUUUUAAUGGCGGGACAGCAGGCGGGACAGAGUCAAGGAAAACGAGGCAAAGGUUCCCAGAUGAAGAGCCCAGAGAAAAAGAAGAGGAAGUCCAAUGCUCAGGGGGCGGCGUUUUCCCACCUCUCUGAGUUUGCUCCCCCUCCUACUCCAAUGGUUGAUCACCUGGUGGCCUCUAACCCUUUCGAUGAUGACUUUGGUCCGCCAUCGAGAUCUGGAGGAGGGGGUGGUCCGGGUGGUGCCGCUUUUCUGCCCAGCCCUGGGGCUGGUGGAGGUGGCUACGGUGGGCCCGUUCCCGGUCGAAUGGGAGGAGGUAUGGGGUUCAUGGGUGGCCCCGGAGGACCUGGAGGUGGACAGCCCGGUCGACGACCCCCUUUUGGUCCACCAACACCAAAUGCUGGACCACAUCACCCUCUUGGAUUUGGGGGCAUGACAGGUUUUGGAGGUGGUGGAGGCGGAGGAGGUGGUGGAGGGGGAUUUCCACCAGGAGGCCCAUCCCAGUUUAAUAUGCCACCCAAUUUCAGCCCUCCCAUGCACCCUGGACAGGGCUUCAACCCAAUGCUGUCACCUGGAGGAAUGGGUGGUGGUCCAGGAGGUGGAGGAGGUCCACCUCAUCCAAGGUUUGGGAUGCCUCAGCAACAGCCUCCACAUGGACAAGGUGGACAUCCCUUCAAUAGCCCACCCUUACCUGGUGGCCCUGGCCCUCGCGGGCCUCCACAUGGGCCUAUGAACCCUAUGGGGGGUAUGGGAGGUGGAAUGAACAUGAUGGGAAUGGGUGGUGGAGGUGGUGGGGUUAAUAUGGUGGGUGGACACCCUGGGAUGCCUCAGCAAGGACAGUUCCCUCCUCCACAAGAUGGCCCGUACCCUGGAUCAAGUCCUCCUGUUGGUGAUGAGGGAAAGAACUUUGGUGGUCCAGGUGGUGGUCCACCUGUUCCCUCUCAACAGCAACCGCCUAACCUUAACCCCUCCGGUCCUCCGUCCAACAAUGCCACCCCUGGUCCGUCCCCAGCCCCUGGACCCCCACAGCCUGGAGGAGGUUUCCCAGGUCAUCCAGAUGUUGCACAACCCAAUCCCAACACUCCAGGACAACCCCAGUCGGCGCCUCAACCCCCCAAUCCCAACUCGUCCCCCACAGGCCCACUUAACGGUCCCCAGCCUCAACAAGCGCCAACCAAUCAGCAUCCUCCACCCAACUCCACUGGCGGUCCCGGCUCUAACACUCCAUCCAACCAGCAACAACCAACGCCACCAAACUCCGCUCCAGGGUCAGCAUCCUACAAUCAGCAGAACAACGCUUCUGGAGGUCCAAUGCCAAACCAGCCACCCAACUCCAACCAGAACAACCUUAACAACAGCAGUGGUGGAAACACCCCAGGUAGCAACCCCAAUCCUCCAUCCAACUCCAACUCUACACCCAACACCCAGUCCCCACUUCCCAGUGGACCCGCUCCACCAUCUGCUGGCCCAGGCUCUGGUCCCCCAAAACUAGGUGGAGGCAUGGUGUUCCCUUGUGGCCUUUGCUUGUCAGAAGUACAUGACGACCAAGAGGCCAUCUUGUGUGAGGCCUCUUGCCAACGAUGGUUCCAUAGAGACUGCACUGGCCUAACUGAGCCAGCAUAUGGGCUGCUAACUAGGGAGAGCGCUGCGGUGUGGGCCUGUGACUUUUGCCUCAAGACAAAGGAGAUUCAAGCGGUUUAUGUGCGCCAGGGACUGGGACAGCUGGUUGCUGCAAAUGAUGGCUAAGCGAGAGCGGAAGAAGGGGGAAGAGGGAUGUUUGAUAUAUUUCUUGGUGCUUCAUGUCUUGUGUUUCACGGCGAGGAAGUGAAAUGGAAUUGAAGAAUAAACCUGAGAACCAGAGGAGAGCAGACUCUGAUGCUACUAGUUGCAUUUGUUUCUUCACAGCCCUCAUAAGCACUUUCAGGGCCCAUGUCUUUGAAUGAAACGCAUUGUACCAGAUGUUGGAAAUGUUUGUAUAUAGAAUAUCAUGACACAUUUUCAAAAUUCAGCUGUUUUUGAUUGAUGUUUCACUCAUUGUCUUCAUUUCAACUGGGUGACAAAUUUGGAAAAGCAGCUUGAUUCUGGCCACAGUGAAAAGCAAAUUUUAAUAUCUAUGUACAAGAAUUUAACUUUUUGUCUUGUGUGUGAUUAUACACAUGAUCAGCCUCCAAAGAGCUGUCCAAUCUUUUUCUCUUUCUUUCCAAAAUCCAACUUCUUGAUCUGCUAAGCACUGAUGCCAACUUGCUACCUCAAAAUUUUGACAUGUCUGGCUAAGAAUGCUUUGAUUAAGGCAAGAGCGCACGGUCACCACACAACCUCUCCUCUCAGUGAUUUCCAUUUCAGUAUAUCCAAAGGAAACCGGCAGCGUCCUGACAUAUAAGACAUGUAAAUAAUCAACAUUUCACUGUGUCCGUUGUUGAAUACAUGGGCGAUCCGACAGAAACUGGGGUCCUGCGAUUCUUUGUCAAUGAAACUAGAUUGUUUCUCUUCAUGGUCAGCUACUCAAUGUUCUUGACACAAAAGUGGACAAUGAUGGUUGGUGGCAUAGCCGAUAGCGGUAAUCCAUAACCAUAUCAGUGUAGUCUUUGGAUUGCAUGUAAACCAAUGCAGUACUUCGUCAGAACUGUUUUAAUCGUUACUUUUACUGUUACGAUUAGGCCACGUCCUGGGCUAUGAAGUAGACCAAAUAACAGAACGAAAUCAAAUGUUGUCGCAGAGAAUUUCUUUUGUUUUAUUUCUACAUUUCUGUCCAAGUUGCCUUUUUCUUCUUUGUUACUCUUCAUGUACCUGUGUGUAUGCUGUUCAAUGUGCUUGCUCUGGUGCCCUCCAUUCGCCAGCGAUGUGCAGUAAUAUGGGGGGUGUUCUGGGCUCUGGCUCUGUACUGAAAGAAGUAAACUGAAUUGUUUUUUACAA